AUGACCCGCGGCUUCACCGCCGCCGCCGCCGCCGGGAGCUUGGAAUCAGAACCGAAGAAGGUGACAUCUGGGGGGUUGUUGAAGACAACAACGACUGUGUCGGAGAUGAAUCGGAAGGGUUUGGACCCUGCUCGUGAGUCUCUGAUUCAUUUGUUAUGCUGCGACCAGUUGCAGAAUGAUAAUGCUUAUAAGGUGUUGAGUGAAAUGGUUAAUAGUGGGUUUUUGCCCUCGGUUGCUACAUACAACGUGCUUCUUCAUGCAUAUUGCCGUGAUAAGAGGGUUGAUGAGGCCAUGGGGAUUUUGAGGGGCAUGGCAGUGGAACCAAAUGUGGUUUCUUUCAAUACCGUUAUUGACGGGCUUUGCGCGAAAAGGAGGAUCAAAGAGGCUGAGGAGCUGCUUCAGGAGAUGAAUUCCAAGGGUUUGGCCCCUGAUUCUGUCACUUACAACACCUUGAUCACUGCCAUGAGUAAAAAUACUAACCUUGUCAUUCGUGCUAUUGCGCUUUACGAUCAGAUGAAACAACAACGCAUCCCUGUUCCCUGGACCACUUACACGUCUCUCAUUCAUUUGCUCUGCACUUACAAUGUAGAUAAGGCUUAUAAGGUUUUCACUGAAAUGAUUGCUAGUGGCUUUGAGCCCUCGCUUGUUACAUACAACGAGCUUAUUCAUGCAUAUUGCUGUAGGGACAGGGUUCAGGAUGCUAUGGGGAUUUUUAGGGGUAUGCCUGACAGGGGUUUGACCCCUGAUGCUGUUAUUUGUAACACUCUAAUUACUUUUUUUUGCAAAUACGGGGAGCUGGAAAAGGCCUUUGAAAUGAGGGCUGAGAUGGUUGAGAGGGGCAUCUUGCCUAAUGCUGACACGUAUUCAAAGCUUAUAGAUUGCCUGUGCCCACAGCGAAGACUGUCAGAAGCUUUUGAUCUCUUCCGAGAAAUGCUAGGUGGGGGGCUGUCGCCACGUGAAUAUGCUUAUUUUAAUUUGGUCGGUGCUUAUUGUCUUGUAGGUGAAUUCAGUAAGGCUUUUCAUUUGCGUGAUGAAAUGAUACACAAGGGGUUUUUGCCUGAUUUUGUUACUGAGUUUUCACCAUCUCUUGUUACAUACAACGCCCUUAUUUAUGGGAAUUGCUUGUUGGGAAGGGUUGAGGAGGCUCUGGGGAUUUUGAGGGGCAUGGCUGAGAUGAGCUUGUCCCCUGAUGAUGUUAGUUAUAACAUUGUUAUUUCCGGGUUUUGCAAACUCGGGGAGUUGGGGAAGGCGUUUGAAUUGAUGGUGGAGAUGGAUGAAGCAGGGGGUAUAAGGGGGGUGGAUCUAGCCGUGUUUUCAUCACUUAUGAAAGGCCUGUCGGAUGAGGUUAAUUAUAAUAGUGUGAUAAAUGCUUAUUGUGCUGAAGGUGAAGUGUCUAAGGCUCUAAUAUUGCAUGAUGAAAUGGAACACCAUGGUUCUUUGCGAGCUUCUGUUCUCUAUAUUAUGCUUUUUGAUGGAUUUGAUAAGAAAGCUAGGACAAGGGGAGCUAAGGAGUCCCUUCUGAGGAUGUUUUAUGAUUUGUGUACGAGUCUGCCAACUUUCACAUAUGAUACUCUGAUAGAGAACUGCAGUAAUAAUGAAUUUAAGAGUGUGGUAGAGCUUGCCAAAGGUUUCGGGAUGAGGGGUUUAAAGAAUGAAGCUGCCAGUGUUUUGAACACAGUGCUUCAAUGGAAUUAUAAGCCAGAUGGAGCAGUUUAUAAUUUUUUAAUUGUUGAACAUUGUAGGCGUCGUAAUGUUGAUAAGGCGUAUAAUAUGUACAUGGAGAUGGUACAUUAUGGUUUUGCUUCUCAUAUGUUCUCUGUACUUGCUCUUAUUAAAGCCCUAUUUCAUGUUGGAAGGCACAAUGAGGUAAGGAGGGUCAUUCAAAAUGUAUUGAGGAGUUGUAAUAUCAAUGGUUUUGAGCUACAUAAAGCACUUAGUGAAACUGGUGUCAUCGUCAGGGAAGAUAAAGUGAAAGAUGUUCUUUUGAAUGUGCUAGCUGAAAUAGCGAUGGAUGGCCUGCUACUUAAUGGUGGAAAGUGCUCAUAUGCUCCAGCAAACUCUGUUGCCAUAAACUUUAAGUAG